CAUCGUGCACAUCCCGUGAAUCGGAGAGGCGUCCGCCAUGACCCGUGGUAACCAGCGCGAGCAGGACCGCCUCAAGGCGCAGAAGAAGGCCGCCGCGAACGCGAAGAAGCCCAAGGAGAGCGCGGCCUCUCUGCAGAAGCGCAAGGAGUCUGACGCUGAGAUCCUGCGCGCAAAGCAGAAGAAGAAGGAAGAGGAGCGGGCAGCGGCGGCAGCCGCAGCGGGAGGAGGGGGAGGAAAGAAAUAACACGCAUGCGGCGGGCACUCCCUACCCUAGGUCGAACUCCCGCUAAUUGCGCCCCACCCUCCUUCGUCCCCCUUCGAUCGACGUCCCGACGUCGCAU